GCCUCCGUACAGAAAGCGGAGCGGCGUCGCUGUGGGUGUGAGUCAGAGGAGUCGUGUGGGAGGAGUUAAAGUAAGAUGGCUGCGGGAGAGAGGAGAGUGUUUGAGAAAUCAUCUGAUGGGAUGUUUAUCUGUCGCUAACAGGAUGCACAGCAGCCCGAAGGAGGCAGCGGUUCAUGUGUUAGCUCCCCCGGCUCGCUGCGGUCCGGCUCGCCCGUUGUCUCCAGGUUUCUCGCGCGCCGCUCCCCCGUUCACUGCUCUGACAUUGUGGAAUUCAUUAGCGGCUAGUCGUUAGCAACCAGCGCUAACUCACUAGCAACCAGCUAGCAGGUAUCGGUGGAAAUUAACGCCUCGCAACAACUGUUGAGACUCCUACAAAUAACCAAGUACAGAGUGGCCGCCCUGACCGGCUAUGGAGUGGUGUUGGCUUCAGACUGGAUGACAGGGUCUACAGGGAGGACAGGGUGACACAGAUUCUAACGCAGCAGCGGGCUUCUCCUCGACGUACACUGACUGGCAGUGACAGCGAGUUCGCAGCUGACCUCUCCUUCCCCUCCUUCUUUGUUCAGAUCCCUUUCCCUUUUCUGCCCCUCCUCCCCCCUCUCCUCCUCCUCCUCCCCUCUCCUCCUCCACCUCCUCCUCGUCCACCUCCUCUCCUCUUCUUCUUCCCUCUCUCAUUUCUCUUUGCCUUCUGUCGCCUCUGACCCUUCUUUUACUGGAACUCCUUCUCUCAUCUGUUGAAUUCUUGCGGCGACCUUUGACCCGCCUCUCACCGGGUCCAGCAUGAGCUGGCUGAGCAGGUUGAACCCGCGAGGGCCCGCGAGUCGGGCCGGCCGGAGCGCCGUCCCCUCCAGCCCCUGCACCGCUGACCCAGAGACCUGCCUCAUGGUGUUUGAGAACCACUGGAGACAGGUCUCUUGGGUGUUGGAGCGGCACGAGCCUUCAUCCUCCAGCGACGACCUGACUGCGGUGAGGAAUCACACCGACCAGAUGUUAUGCCUGCUGGCGGAGGAGCGACCCGCCGAGAGCUUAGAGGGCGGCGCUAGCGUGCCACCCAUGGGCCCCAUACUGGAGAUGGUGGUCACAGAGAACAUUCUGGAGUCGCUGGUUCAGUGGCACCUCCGCCGAGGACUGGACCCAGACAGCCAGGGCGCAUUGCUCAAGCUGUUCGAGAUGCUCAUCGGCCAGUCCCAGCAGCCUCUGCUGCAGCACACAGCCGUCCUCCACCCCCUGCUGAGGCUGCUGGGAGCUUGCGCUGACCCAGAACUUGGUUGUCCUUCAGCUCUGGAAAACAGCCUGGUACUGCUGCUCAAUCAGGUGUGCGUGUCCAUGGCCCGGCAGCCUGUGGUUCUCGAGAUGUUGUUCCGGGCGGCGCCGGCUCAGCAGGGCUCCACAAACCUCCUGAUCUUCUCCCUCCUCGUGCCGUUCAUCCACCGGGACGGAGCCAUCGGACAGCAGGCCCGAGACGCGCUGCUGCUGGUCAUGGCGGCCUCGGCCAGCAAUGAGGCAGUGGCACGUUACAUCGCCGAGAACUCCUACUUCUGCCCGGUGUUGGCGACGGGCCUCAGCGCGCUCUACUCCUCUCUGCCCAGGAAGAUCGAGGUCCGAGGAGACGACUGGCACGCCCUGCGGCGGGAGGACUGGAUGGUCGUGUCUGCGCUCGUGCUCUUCAUGAACUCGCUCGAGUUCUGCAACGCUGUGGUGCAGGUCGCUCAUCCCCUGGUCCGCUCCCAGCUCCUGGACUACCUCCACAACGGCUUCCUCGUACCUGUCAUGGGCCCAGCGCUGCAUAAGUCGUCGGUGGACGAGAUGAUUGCCAGCACCGCCUACCUGGACCUCUUCCUGCGCAGCGUGUCGGAGACCUCCCUCCUCAAAACCUUCUUGCGCUUCAUCCUGCUGCACCGUCACGACAACGACACCAUCCUUGACACGCUGCUCACUCGCAUCAGCAGCAAUUCAAGGCUCUGCAUGGUGUCGUUAAGCCUCUUCAGGACUCUUCUCUCCCUGAACUGUGAAGAUGUCAUGCUGCAGCUCGUUCUCAGGUAUUUGCUGCCCUGUACCCACGUAAUGCUGAGUCAGCGUCGUGCUAUCCGGGAGACUGACAUAUACGGGAAGUCAGCCGACAAGUUUCUGUCACUGAUCCCAGAGUGCUGCCGGCAGAACGCAGCGCCCCCUGCUGAGCGCGACGACGACAACGCGUUCUGGGGCAAAGUUCUGAACAGUCCCAGCACAGAGUCUCCAGCCCCGCCCAGACCAAGCACUCCAUCCCGCUUAGCCUUCUUCAUGCGCCAACAGAGCAGUGGAGGUGGAUCAGGAGGAGGAGGGGGCCCCUCUACUCCCACCGGCAUGGAGCCACUGCAGUCGGGUUCUUCCAGCUCCCACCCCAUGUCCCCCGACAGCCCCAUGCACCAGCAGCAGGCUCACACAGAGUGUCUGGACUGGGAUUCGGGUUACCUGGAGUAUCUCCGAGACGCCCGGCGGGGCAUAGAGGUUUGCUCCUGGGCCUGCCGUGACUGGUCGGCUCCAUACGAUGGAGAAAACCCCUCCCCAAACACAGUCCCUCCGCCCCCACCACCCCCUACCUCCAACCCUUCCAUGGCGAUGUUCCCCGAGCACUUCUCCUUCCACCAGGGAGGAAGCAGUAACACUCCCCCAGGCCAGCGGAGGUCGGCCAUCGUGGCGGCGGCGCGUUCCGAGUGGAGCAGCUCGGAGCGGGACAGCGGAGAGUGGGACGUCACGAUCGGCAAAAACAACUGCAUCAGCCUCACGCCCCGCUCCAAGAAACGCAGCCUGCAGAGAGAGGAGCUCCUGCCAAAGCCUGUACCGCAUCUCGUCCCCUCCUCCUCAUCGUCUACAGCCUCAACUUUAUCGACUUCUCACGCCGCCUCGUCCCCAGCUCCCCACGUUCCAACGUCCGCCAUCACUGUUAGCUACCAGGCCAUGUAUAACGGAACAAUGGGGCAGGUGGACGGCUGCUCAGACAGUCGGGACAGAGGACUGGAGGUAAAGAAAGUGAAGAGAGACUUGGGGGAGCAGCAGUAUUUAGACGAAAAUGCAAAUCAGAACGGAUCCCUCGUCACCUGCCCCUCUCAAAGCUGCACACCUCUCCCACAGUCCAUUUUCAGCAACAGUGAAAUGAGCGACGCCAAAUCUCUGUGCCCUAACCAGAGCUCCAUCACCCAGCCGGCGCCCGACACCAAACUGCAGACCAGCGACACCUCAAACACGCACAGUGCAUCCUCAGAUCUUCCAGAAGCCAACCAGGCGCCGCAAUCUGUAGAGAGCCUGCUCCAGGAGCUGCUGGAGCAGGUGCCGGGAGAACCGCAGCUCCCCGUAGACUCCAACGGUCAGGGCAUCAGCAUCGAGGCCUUCACCCAGGAGCUGAGGGAGCUGGAGGACCGGGUGAAGGAGCGCAGCAGAGCAGCCUGCCAGCAGGAGGAAGCUGCCAGGGAGCCCCAAUCUGCUGAGCGGCAGGAGGAGGAACAGCAGCUGUCCUCGGCCCUUGAGGCGAAGCUGACGGGGGACGCAAAGGGAGAAGGGUCUGCGGUGGGCCUCUGUAGUCCUGCACGACCACUAAACCAGCCUGCCUCUCAGCCGUACACAGGUCCAUUCAUGGUGGUUCUGUUUGCCAAGCUGGAGAACAUGCUCCAAAACUCGCUAUACGUCAACAUCCUGCUCACAGGAAUCGUGGCCCAGCUGGCAUGCUAUCCUCAGCCACUCCUACGCUCCUUCCUGCUCAACACCAACAUGGUCUUCCAACCCAGCGUCAAGUCACUGAUCCAGGUUUUAGGUUCCGUGAAGAACCGCAUCGAGGCGUUCGCAGCCUCCCAUGAGGACUUCCCGGCCAUGCUGAAGAAGGCCCAGCAGUACCUGGUGGCCCGAGGAAAAGUGGACUGGACUGAGUCGCCUGCAGCAGUUCCUCCCCUGCGGCGCUCCGAUUCACUAGUGAAAAGUCGUAAACCAUCUCUCGGUGACCUGAUCCUCCGUCACACCAACAGCCCGACCCGGGCUCGACACGCCGCCCAGCUGGCCCUCGCACACGUACGGGACGGUGGCCAAUCACUGCACAGCGCCCUGUUCAGGGGCGGCUCAGUCGCAGGGGCCUCCAGCCUGGAGAAGCAGGCGGAGGCGCUGCGGGUGAAGAACGCCGUCUACUGCGCCGUCAUCUUCUGCGAGUUCCUCAAGGAGCUGGCGGCCCUGGCUCAAGAGCACGCCGUCACUCUGCCUUUCCCUCACAGCCAGGGGGCAGAGGAGUAGACGGCCUCUGUUUUUUUUGUUUUGUUUUUUUUUAGGCUGGAAAAAAAAGAUUCUCUCCUCACCAGAGGACGGACCGGAGCACUGAGACUUUUCCGGGUCGUCUGAUUGUGGCGUUUUUGUACCAAAAUCAUUAUAGGACACCUAUAGGACUGGAAGAAUUUCCCUUACCUGUAAACUUCUGUGAUAUUGUGCAUAUCAUGUAUUAUAUUUACAUUCUAUACACAGAAAAUCUCAGUAAAUAUUGUGUGAGAUUAGGGAGCUUGUACAUACACAUACCACGUCACGGUAAAGCCACAGAUAAAAAGUUCUAGGUGCACAUAUUGGUGCUAGUCGAUACUCUCUAUCUUUUUGAGUUGAAAAGGUGCAGCACAGGGGAGAAGGAUCACCAAAAAUCACUUAAUGGGGUCGGAUUGGUCGAUCCAGUGAGCUUUGGGCACCCAGAGCUCGAAGAUUGGCCGAGCAAUGAAAGCUCACAGAAAACACAGCGAGUGUUCCUGGCAACAUCUCAAGUGUCUAUUUUUAUUUUGGAGAGGCUGCACCGCUGCACAGACUAUCACCAUGAAAGAGAUGAAAACUGGAACACAGGUGAGUCAAGAGUGCCACUCUCUCUCUCCUGUGAGUCAGCGCGACGGCCACACGUGUUGCAAGAAUUAAUUAACACCAUUUGUUUUUCAAAAAUCAUUAAGUUUGAAACACGUUUGCACCAAAACAGUCAAGACAUAUCAGCGACAGGAGCGAGCAGGUGUGUCUUUAGUCGUGUGUGUAUGUGUGUGUGUGUGUGUGUGUGUGUGUACGAAUGACGCCAACUCUUCAGGCCAUCAGUAAGCCAUUCACCUGUUGCCAUGAGAGAGGCUGUGGGAUUGAAAAGACAGCACCGCUUUACAAUUCAUACCUUCUGUGUCAUUUAGUCUUUUCAAAAGAUCCGAGAGUCUGCAAGGAGGGAAAAAAAAAAGAUUUUACUUCUGCGGUUCAUCGGCACGAUUUCCUUUUUACUUUGAACUGACAGUUAAAAAAGGUCCUCAUGAGGCAUUCACUGACUUUAAACAGAUCUUUGGGCCGCAAGCUAAACGAUGAAGCGAUCUACAUUUCACUUUUUUUCCUGUUAGUUACCUUCAAAUUCGCCUCUCUUGGGUGAGAAAAGCCAAACUGAACAUACAGCUGUUCAACUUGGAGCUUAACAUGCUGCUAUUUUGUUUUUUAACACACUAACACCCAUUUUUUAUUAGUGUAACAGCUACUGUCUGUUCAUUUCAUUGUUAGGUACCAAGUGUGAAAUCUAUGUGUGAGGAUGUGGAGGAGUCAGUGCCAGUGUUGGGAUCAGAGUUUAAUUUAUUUUCUCGUGUCUCGAGGUUGAAUGAAGUCGCAGCCAUACAGUGUUAAAAGCAUUUGCCAAGAAAAAGAAAAAUCCCUUUCAACUUCUUUUGUCGCGUGCUGUAGAACAUGGUCGUUCUUUAUUCCACAGGUUAAGGAUCAGAAAAUAUUGAGAACCUGUAAAAUGAAGAAUCGCCUGUUUGACUGCAAUGCAAAAAUCCAUUACUAAACCACUACUUGGGAAGCGUACUGCCAUAUCAGAAAAAUAAAAAUGUAUCAAUAGUUAUCAUCUGUAACGUGAAAAGUUUCACGCUAUUAUGUGAUAAUUUAUUUUUAGAACGUGAGAUGUUCCACGUUACGUGAUAAGGUCUCCGGCAGAGGGGGGCGGAAGUGGACACAGAGAAAUCUUAUACAUAUAACGUUAAACGUUUCACAUUAUAGCAUGAUUAUGUUUAUUAUUUUCUAACUUAUCACUCUUAACGCAAAACUUUUUUUCUUUACAGUAUAAAUAGUCAUAUUGUAACAUGAAGUUGGUCUCGGCCAGAGGCGGAAGCGGACCCGAGGAAAUGGUUCACGUUUUACAAAUAGAACACAUUAUAACGUGAUCCAAUUUCUCACUUGAUAACGUGGAGCUUUGUACUUUAUAACAAUAUACAUUAUAACAGUUCACAUAUAACAUCAUUUAUAUUCCAACUUCAUCACAUGAUAACAUGAACAUUUUUACUUUAUCACGUUAAAACCUGAAAAGUUUAUGUAAUUGUUAUAAUGCGGACCCGUGGAAACCUCUCACGCUUCAACAGUAGAAAUUAUCACGUAAUGUGUGCUGCAGUUUAAUGUCAUACAUUACAGGGUAUGUGACAGUGAUAAACUUUUAUUUGUCUGGUGUUGGCGGCAGUACACUUCCAUACACUUCGACCUGUUUUUGUGAAUCAUUUGGUUUUUCGCACAUACUAGCCAUACUCUCGACUUUUAGCAGUUGAGAAACUGCUGAACACUCCUGCCAUCCUACAAAGUGUUAAACUUUCGAAUUUGAAGACCACGUCAUGUUUUGACUGUUCAUCUUUCUGUGAACUUGUCAAAGCCAUAGUUUGUAAAUGUACUUCUUCAUUACACAUGUAACUCACUUUUCUAUGGGAUUUCUAGACACAUUUCGUAACACCCCACUUAAGAUUUUUAAAGUUAGGUAAGAGCAUGCCCAUUAAGGCCAGAUUUCUAAUGAAAUAAUGAAGUAGUGUAGAGUAAGUGUUCUUUGAAUUUGUGCAACAGUGCUGAGUUAAAAUUAGGUUUUAGUGGUUCAUGAGUCAUCCUGGUGCCUGCAGAGAUCAUCGAAGGCAACAAGGACACAUUUCACACUGAAUGUUUCCUCUCAGAUAAUUAAAUUGGUAGAGAAAUCACUUCUGUAUUUUACCCACUGCCGUCCGUCCGUCCAUCUGUUCACCUAGUCUGCUGUACAUGCGUGCAAACAAGAUUCAUGGUUGUCUUGCACAGGAAACCUCAGCAGGAUCCUCUGCUUUUACACUCACCGUAGUAUUUUUUAAGAAAAGAGUUUUUAUUACAAACAGUUCUGUUAAAUAUGGGUUGUAUUUUGAGCAGGACGCUAACAGCUUCUCAGUUCUUUUCAUUGAAGAUGUAGGGUUGUUCGGGUCAGUCUUCUUUAUUUCUGUGACACAUUCGUGAACACCAAAGACUAUCUCUCUGACAGUACCUGAAACUUUAGUAAAUAAUCACAGAUGCAAUCUGAACUUCAUGCAGCACUUUUUAAAUGUUAAGUGCUUUCAAAUAACCCCACGAAAAAAAAGGUGCCAAUAUCUGCAACAGUAAACGUUACACGGGACAAAAUCCGAGGAAAUGUUGAAGAACGCCAAACAUUCAGAUAAAAUUGUGCUCUCUGAAUUUAUAGCCAAACCUGAAUUAUCCUUGAAAAGGUUUUUUUGGCCCUCCUGAAGAUCAAUAGCUGGAGCAAGGUUUUUUUUGUUUUGUUUUGUUUUUUUUUCUUUUUUAAAAGGGAAGCUUCAGAACUGAAACGGCAUUGGCCCUCUGAGGCUAAAAAUUAUUUUGGCACAUUUUCACUAAUCGCUUAGUGUUUGUGUUGAGCUUUUUUUUUUUGUUUACUUGUAUUUCAUUUUUAAGAAUACAAAGAUAUGACAAAGUUUGUAAUGGGCUGUUUUUAUAAGGGAUUAUUUCCAACCAGGGAAGCUGACAUGACAGACCGGACUAGACUAGAGAUGAUAUUAAAAAAACCCACCUCGCCCACAGUGUGAGGCUACAUGGUUACUGUGACGGAGUACCUAGCUUUAUGGAGAAUGAACAGCUGGGUGAGCCCUCCUAAUGGCAGUACAGAUCGUGGACGGGGGGACAGCGCAAACACCAUUUAAAAUUCUUUAAAUUCGGGAAAAGGGAUUUUGUUUUGUUUUUUGACAGCAGCUACCGCGGCUGGAUGCCUGUGCUGAUGCAGGAAUGUCUUCAGCUGCAGUUACUGCUAUAAUGGCCACAGGGAACUGUCAGCAAGACUAAAAAUAAACCGUUAAAUGAAUCGAUUUGGCUAUGACGAGUUGGUGCCUCAAAAUGUAUAUGGGUUGGGACAUCUGAGGCGCGGUGGUUGCUGUUUUCUUGUUCACCUCAGCUUAAACUCAAUUUGUUUGUUCUGAGUUUGAUUUUUUUUUUUUUUUGACUCUUUUAACUGACAGACGGUGGUGAACGGUUAGACCCAAAUUUAUGCUCCAGAAAAUGUUGUCAUAUCACAGAUUUUAUGUUUGUUUUUUUUAUUGUUAUUUCUGCUGUGUGUUUCAGACAGAAAUACUUGAACACUAAAACAAAUCUGUCUCUGAGUUUCAAAUCCUUUGCAUCUUUCAAAUUCACACUUGUUUUCUAGUUUUCUAUUCAGAGCAUGUUUGAGUUUCUGUGUUUUGUAUAUUCAAGGUUACGCACAAACACACAGCGAAUGUUCACUGACUUUGAUUUGAAUCUGAAUUACGGCGCACCCCUUUUUUGUUCGAGGGUGGGCUGUGAUUGGCUGUUCCAUCACUCCAACACAGCGCAGAGUGGGUGAAAAAAAUGUUUUCUAACAGCAGCUGAGUGUGCCAGACUCCAACUUUACCUUUGCAGCACAUUUAGUUGAAUGCACGUCCUGUUAGUUUGAUUUCUGGAAGUGUUUUUGACAGUUUGGACGGAACUGAAACCGCUUUGGCAUUUUUAACUUUCAUGUGAAGGGAUUCUGCUCAAAAACUUGUUUUCACACCUGAUUUCUGAUUGCACGUGUCGUGCCAUGUUUAAAAAAAAAAAAAAAGAUUUUUCACGUGUUGAUUUGUAAUGCUCAUCGCAGGAUGUAAUGUAUCCUCUCACUUUUCCUUUUCUUUGAAGCUUUGACUUUUGGUUUCUCCUCUGUGAUCUAUGCAAAUCAUGCUCUGGUGUCCCCCGGGUUGAAGCUGAAAGAUAACGUGGAUUGAAUGUGUAAAUACUGUAAAAAAAAAAACACACAAAAAGGGUCAGGAAUACAGAGGUAUGUGAAAUAACCAACAGGACAAAAUGAAAAUCAUGCGAAAAAAUAAUGUAAUGAUGAAUGUUGUCAGAAAUAUUUUUCUAUAUUUUGAAAUCAUCAGAAAAAAAAAAGGACAAAAAUACAAGGUGGGAAAAAGCUGUCAGAAGAACACUACAAAGGGAAUGUUUUUAUUAAUUUAUAAAUUCUUUGCCUAGCAAUA